CAUGAACCUUUGUUUACUGUUGACAGCCGCAUAAAGAGCGCCUCCUUCCUCUCCAAACUCUGCACUCCAUCCGCUCCGCUCCACUCCACUCCACUCCACACACCUCCCCGCCAUCACCAUCAAACAAAUCCUAUUCUUCAGCCAGCUAGUACAACAGCUCAAUCGCAGCAUGGAUACCGACAUGGCAGGCAUGAGCCCGCACAGGGAUGCCGAACCUCCUGACAAACCCUCGACUAUGUCAUCAUAUCCUCCAUCGCUACCCACGGCACCAGCUGCAACAACUGCUCCUUUUGGAUCAACACCGUCCACAUCCCCGCACGAUACUGCACCGCCAAUAGAUCAACAUAUGGAGGCACAAUGGUGCUUCUCUGGCACAGAGGAUGACCUCCCUCUUGUCGGCCGCCUUGCCAACGGCGUAGAGGAUAUCCGGCGCGGAAUGAAUGCCUGCUACAGCGUCGCGUACGAGGAGCGCACUCGACGUAAAGAAUCCCAAGCACGAGCAGUGUCUCUCCAAUCCGAGCUAGACCAGGAGAUUGCCCAGCGUAUAGCAGCGGAGGGCAUGAUCCGAGAGUUGGAGCAGCGAAACUCAUCUCUACAGCAGGAGCUCGACAAUGCACAUCUAGAGAACGAGCAGCUGCAACGCCAACUGAAUGAACAGGCCAACAUCAGAUCUCCUGGCGCCCGGUUGGUCGCGAAGCCAAGCGUCUCUGUCCCUCCCGGGCUCACGCCUCGGUCUUUACAGACCAGGGGGGGUUCUUCUGUAGCUCGACGUGCUACACCUCGACACGGGAGUGUCCGGCCUUCAGUAGCCAUCUUCCACGAAGACGCACAAGAUGCACAAGCUAAGUCGCGCUCGCAGCCCACCGUGGAACUUACGUCAAAUAAUUAUACUGCACACGAUCCAGCGCCAGGUACUCAACGCAUCACGGUCGCCUCAAUGGAUCAAUCACUCGGCAGCUUCCCUUCGCCCAAUCUCAAUCCAGAGCACAAUGGCACACAACAUAGCUCUGUUUCAUCAGACUCAGCCUACAAGUCUGACUCAGGGCACCAGGCUAUAAAGCUCGAGCGCGAUGAUCGUGGUAUGAGUAAGUGUAUAUCCGAUUUUAGGAGCUUCGAAAGCGAAGACGAGCGACCGAAACGGACUAAUUCAAUCCCCAAGAACAACAGCAACCCAAUCAGCAGCUCGCCAGUGCUCGCUCUGGGCUCCAGCAGCCAAGACUCAACGGAGAAGCCCCACAGCCCUUCGGCUUCGAGCUUGCUAAACGAUACACCAAUGAUCGAAGCCCACCCUCUGGAGCAGCAAAUCACAGAGCCGCGUCAGGAGAUCCUAGAGAAGGACGCAACACAGGCGCCGAAGCGAAUAUGGGCUCUCAGGGAGACAGAGCGCUUGGAGAAGUCCGAGCUGGAGGAGUCCGAGCUGGAGGAGGGCGAGGUGGUGGAGGACUCCGAAACCCUUACCUUGGGCUCGGUACCAAUCAAACCGAUGACGGAGCUGGCGAGACCUCCCUUUGGAGGCCCGGUCGUGGACGCUCCCAGCCGGACUCCUAAUAGUGUUGCAAAGCCGCUGCAAUCCCAGUCGGUUGACUCUAAAUAUGACCCCUCGACUCCCGUUGUGGCGUCUUCACCCAACGAGCGACCGCCAGGGUGCAAUAAAUGGAGAGAAAAUGUCAAGGUGAGAAAAGCCCAGGAGAAAGAGAAUGAGGAGUAUCUGGCCACGCUGCGAGCGCGGAACCCGAAGGCUGCACUUCUGAAGAAACAAGAUGAGGAGCGCCUGACUCACUUGGCCAAGCUAGCGAAAGAAGAAAAGGAGAGGAAGGCUGAGGUGGAAUUGAAGCAGGCCCGCAAGGCAGCGAGAGAGCAGGCGGCGAACGAGCAAGCCGACAAAGAGCAAGCUCAAAAGGAAGAAGCUGAACGACAGCAAGCUCAGAAGGAUCAAGCGGAGCGUGAACGGGUGGAGAAGAAACAAGUGAAGCGUGAGCAAACUAAACUCCCUUCUCUGACUUCGCAACCACUCGCGCGAAGGUUUCAUGCCCCACCAGCCAAAUCCCAGUUCGGGCUUGAGACCGCUUCAGCACCGCAAGAGAACCGGCCAGAUGAGCGUACGCGCCACACCGCUCGUCCAGCUCCGAAGCCAUCCUCCUACAAAGAUUGUGGACAGGAGAUUUUGAGCGAAAAAGCGCGGGAGCGCCACUCCCAGCACUGCUACUCCAGGGGUCGAGCGCCACCCCAGGCAGAGAAGCACCACAUCUCCCCUCCAGCCUCCCCAACACACAAAAAAGUGGACUCGCGAAAGCCCUCUCAAGUUCCUGCUUCUAUUACUUACCGAAAAGUUGGAGCCCCGCCUCGUCCAUCAGGUCCACCGCCACACAAGAAAACAGACUCGCGAAAGCCCUCGCAGUUUUCCGAUUCGCAGGCUUACGGAAGAAAUGGAGCUCCCCCUCCUCCUUCAGGUCUACCACCGCCAGCCCCCCCAGUCCGUUCAGCCCAUCCAGCCGCUGUCAGAUAUUGGGAGAAACAAGCACGGGAACUUGCAGAGGCUGAGAUGGCUGAGCGGGAGGAAACGAAGCGGAGGGAAGAUCGGGAUAUGUACGAUAAGUGGCGACGCUAAGGGGUCCUGUGUGUAAUUGGUUGUGUUGAAUAUGGAGUUAGUUCUGUAUGAUAGAGUCGGAACUUGUGCAUGAGUCUCAUGUUCGGCGCUGACGUGUAGUUAGUGUUUUGAAUAGAAAGGAUGUUGCUUCUGUGACUAAAUG